CCACUCCAAUGUCCAAGCCCAGACCAAAAACAGUCAAGCGUCAUACAAGUUACGCAAGCCCCCCCUGGCACAGCUGACCUCUCGGACCCAUAUUCUUGCAUCACUGACGCAGCUCCGCGCCCUCGAACCAUCAUCACCCGAACACACCACUUCUUGUCAUUCCUGAGAUUCCUCACCAGAACACCGAAUUCUACACUACAACAAACACACUCACUUCUCCAACAAAGCCCUCUUUUACCUAUCCAUUGCCAUGUGCUCGACCGACCUCUUCCUCGGCAUCCUGGCCAUCCUCUUUCCCCCGCUCCCAGUCUGGGUAAAGCGCGGAAUUUGCUCUGCCGACUCCCUAAUCAACAUCCUCCUUCUCUGCUUGGGUUUUAUCCCUGGCCUAAUCCACGCCUGGUACAUCAUCGCCAAGUACCCCGACAUCCCCUACGACUACGACUACCAAGCCCCCUCCAACGCCGAGCACGGCCGCGUCUACGUCUUUGUCCACGACAACAACCACCGUCAAGGCCACCCUCACCAAGGUCAACCCCGUCUCCAAAACCAGCAACCCAAAGCCCAUCCUCAGCCAAACUACGGCACCACAGCCCACAACAACAACCACAGCAGUGGUCACGAAGAGGGUGUCGCCCCUGCCGCUGGCCCCUCCUCAGGAGGUCCUCCCCCAAGUUACGCCCAGGUUGUCGCCCAAGGUCCCGGAGACCACAAGGUUCAGACCCAAGAUUAGAAGUUUCGUCUUCCUUCUUACCACAGUUUCACUCCAUCUCUUCAACGGAACGCAACCACCGCUGCUGCCAAGGUCACAGCAACAAUCAACCCGAUCAAAUGGUGGGACUGGACCUAGGAUGUCCCAGAUGAGUCGGAUCUCCCCAUGCCGCCACGGUGCUCGCGGCCUUGUUGCGCGGAGGACUGGAGGGGAAGUGUGACCUGGAGCAGGAGAAACUCGAGGGCUGGUGACGCCACCACGGCUUCGGGUUGGCGUACACGCAGAGGGAGCAGGAGGGUGAGCUGGAUCCCGUGGAGGGGAAAGCUCUGGUGAUUUCUUUGGACACGGUGGCUUUGAUGUUUUGGGUUUGGGCGGCUUCUUUUGUUUCAUUUUGGUCAGGCGUCUACGUUGUGGGGUCAUGGAUGGGCUGGGUGGCACGAUGGGAUGGAUGUAUGACAAAUGCAAGAGGGUUGAAACGGAACCGCUAUAGGCUUGUGUAAGUGGGUAUGUACAGGGUACAAAACGAAUAUCAUG